AUGGACGCUCAGUUUCUCCGAAUCAGUGCCCGAAUGGAUGGCUUUGAUACAAGACUCUGCUCUAUAGAACAAUAUGUAAAAGAGACAAGAAGAGAAAGGGAAGGACCAGGAGAUGAGGGAGGAGAAGUUUUUCAAAAUGAUGUAGAACAUGAACAUGAACAAGGUGGAGAGAAACUUGAAAGUGUGGUAACAACUGAGAAAGUGAGGAAGCAGAAACAGCCGAAGAAGAAGCAGCCGAAGCAGAAGCCGAAGAAGAAGCAGAAGGAGCCGGAGCAGAAGGAGGCAGAGCAUAAGGAGGCGGAGCAGAAGGAGGCGGAGCAGAAAGAGCCGGAGAUGAAUGAGGCGGAGCUGAAAGAGGCGAAGCAGAAGGAGGCGGAGCAGCUUGUAUCCCGAUCUCCGUACCUGCUUAGAAGUAAAGAGGUAGAACCAAACGGUGAUGACGCUGUGAAUGCAGAAGUGGGCGCAGGUAAACAGAAACAAGAGCAAUCGAAGCUAGGGCCAAACACAAAGCGGGGACGUUAA